AUGUUCGACAUUUUUAAGAAACCCUAUGCGGACUCCAAGCAACUUCCGUUGGCCAGUGGACCGGGACCCAUCCUGAUUAUCAUCUUCGGUUAUUUGCUGGUCGUUUUUAAGGCGGGCAGGAAGUUUAUGGAGCACCGCGAACCGUACAAUCUGCGAGGAGUGCUCAAGUGCUACAAUAUGUUCCAGAUAUUCUACAAUGUGAUGAUGUUGUUGCCGGGAUACUACUUCAUGUUUGUGGUUCGACCGUACAACCUACGCUGCAUGACUAUCCUGCCGCAGGAUCAUCCGCUGAAGAACUGGGAGCGCACCAUUAGCUACGCCUACUACAUAAACAAGAUCGUCGACCUGCUGGACACCUUUUUCUGUGUGCUGCGCAAGAAGUACUCGCAAAUAACCUUCCUGCACGUGUUUCACCACGUGCUCAUGCCCUCGGUUGGAUAUCUUAUCAUUCGUUUCCAGGGCUACGGAGGUCACCUCUUUUUUCUCUGCUCCUUUAAUGUGAUUGUUCAUAUCUUCAUGUAUGGCUACUACUAUUCGGCGAUGGAGGGCAAGACUGUGAGCUGGAAACGCUACUUAACCCUCAUGCAAAUGAUGCAGUUCGUCCUGAUGUUUGGCCACUGUGCCUUCACCGCCAUGCAGCGCGAGUGUGACGCCUCGCAGGGCCUGCUCUUCCUGGUCAGCUGCUCGGCCGCCGUCAUGUUUAUCAUGUUUGCCAAUUUCUACUUUCAGUGCUACGUGCAACCGAAGGUUAAGGAGAACUAA